AUGGAAUCUUGGCAAGACCCGGAACAUGUCGAAGAUGUUCGUGUUGUUAUAAAUUUAGAUUAUCCACCUCAAGCCGAAGAUUAUAUUCAUCGAAUUGGUCGUACGGCGCGUUCCAAUAUGAAAGGAACAUCGUACACAUUUUUUACACGUGAAAAUGGAAAACAAGCAAAUGAAUUAAUACAAUUAUUAAAAGAUUCAAAUCAAGAUGUCAAUGAAAAAUUAUAUGAAAUAGCUAGAACAAAAUAUUUUUCAGGUGGAAGAGGAGGAAUGCGAGGAGGAUUUGAUCGUCGAUCUUACGGAGGUAAUCGCGGUGGAAAUAAUGCUGGCGGUUCAGGCUUUGGUGAAUCUUCUCGUGGUGGAUUUGGCAAUAAUCGUGGAAAUUCUCGUCCCGGAGGUUUCAGUGCUAAAAGAUCGAGAUCUCGUAGUCCAGUGGGUGGAUCUGAACGUCGAGGUGGUGGUUUUGGAUCUCAAGGAUUAUCACAUAAUAAUGGUUAUAGUAAUAAUGCCAAACGACCGAGAACGGACGAAUCACAAUCUCAACGACAACAAUAUUCAUCAUCAUCAUCAUCAUCAAAUGGAGCAACUACGAACAAUCAACGACAACAACAGCAGCAACAACAAAAUUCAGGUUUAUCUACAUCAUCUGUGGGAGCAUCUCAAAGAACACAACAACCAACAGCAGCAGCAGCUCCUAAGAACUCUUAUAAUAAUACCAGUCAGAGUACAACAACAUCGAACAGUAAUUAUCAAAUACCACCUCCAGUGGCAAAUCCAUAUGCUGGAUAUUAUCCGAUGACAGCAUAUCCACCACAAAUGUAUCCACAAUAUUGGGCAGGUGUUCAGCAGCCACCAUUGCCUCCGAAUUCUUCAAAAGUCCCUGCACCACCCAGUUAA